GUAAGGAGACAUUCACACUCAAGAAACCACCCUUGUGGAAACCCACUCAUACCUACUAGUGAAACCCCAAUCCUUCCUCUGACACCAUGGUCAGCUCCUGUUGUGGCUCCGUCUGCUCUGACCAGGGCUGUGGCUCCAGCUGCUGCCAGCCUUGCUGCCGCCCCACCUGCUGCCAGACCACCUGCUGCAGGACCACCUGCUGCCGCCCCAGCUGCUGUGUGUCCAGCUGCUGCCGCCCCUCCUGCUGUGGCUCCAGCUGCUGUGGCUCCAGCUGCUGCCGCCCCUCCUGCUGCAUUUCUAGCUGCUGCCGUCCCUCUUGCUGCCGCCCCAGCUGCUGUGGCUCCAGCUGCUGUGGCUCCAGCUGCUGCCGCCCCUCCUGCUGCAUUUCUAGCUGCUGCCGCCCCUCUUGCUGUGGUUCCAACUGCUGUGGCUCCAGCUGCUGUGGCUCCAGCUGCUGCCGCCCCUCCUGCUGCAUUUCUAGCUGCUGCCGCCCCUCUUGCUGUGGUUCCAACUGCUGUGGCUCCAGCUGCUGCCGCCCCUCCUGCUGCCCCUCCUGCUGCCUGCGCCCAGUCUGUGGCCGGGUCUCCUGCCACACUACUUGCUAUCGCCCCACCUGUGUCAUCUCCACCUGCCCCCGCCCCAUGUGCUGUGCCUCCUCUUGCUGCUGAGCCCCCUGCCCUGUGACCACUAUCUCCAUUCACUUCUGCCCCCUCAGAUAUAGACUCUUUGGUGCUGUUGGACACAUGGAAUCUGACUGACAUCAUUCAACAGGUUGAGCCUCACCAUUCUAAUGAACCUACCAACGUGCCACUGGCUCUGCGAGCACAUUCUGGUUCAUGUUAAGCUCCUUCCAUGACUAUCUUUUCCUUUCAAUAUUGGCAUCAAAUAUGGAUAUUAAUAUGUGAUCCAUCAGCUUAAAAAAAUCCCACUCCUCUAAAUUUCUCAUUCUUCCUUACCAUUUUAGGGCUCUAGAUUACCCUUCCUAAUAAAGUGAAUAUUAUCUGCAACCUUUGUGCAGUACUGAUUUGACACCCUCUGACCUGGGGUUCAGUUAUACCCUCAGACCUAGGGAUCCAGUUAUAGAUUUUCUAACAGAGUAAAUUUUUUUUGCAUUUCGUUGCUUCUCUUUCUAAUAAACUUUUCUACACAUAAAAAAUUUUUGGCAUUGUUCCUUAUUGUUUUCGUGAUCAUUUUACUUAGUAUUAGGUAACUAUAUUUUACAUGAUGAUACAGGAAGAACACUCAUGUUGAAAUCACUUUGAGAGUAAGUGCUAUAUAUACGAAAUAUAGAUCAUUUAAAAUAUUAGAACAAAAGUGGCACAUGUGUACAUGUAUAUGCACAUGUAUACAUCUUAAUAUCCUAAAUUAGGGCAGAUUUCAUUCAUGUCUUUAGCUCUUAUUUUUUAAAUUUUAAUUUGUUUUUUUAUUGAGAUAUAAUUGACAUAUAGCAUCAUAUUAGUUUCAGGUGUACACAAUAAUAAUUCAAUAUUUGUGCACUAUAAGAAAUGAUUGCCACAGUAAGUCUAGCUACAAUCUGUCACUGUAUAAAGAUACAAAAUUUUUCUUCUUGUAACAAAAAAUUUUAAGAUUUACUCUCUUAGCAACUUUAAGGUGUGUGAUACAUUAUUGACUAUAGUCACCAUCCUAUACAUUAUAUCCCCAUGACAUUUAUUUUAUAACUAGAAGUUUAUACCUCUCGACCACUUUCACCCAGUUCACCCAUCCCCUAACUCCACUCACCUCUGGCAACCACCAAUCU